CUUCGCAGUCGGCCGCGCCGCCUAACCCGCCUCCAGCCUCCUACCCACCGAAGCACGCCAGCCGCGGAGCCACCCCGAAGGAACCUCUUCCGCACUGCCUUCGUUCUCGUCCUCCUCCGCACCCGUCCUCUAGUAUUGUAUUGGCGUGGCGUGUAGUGGAGAUCCAUCCGGACUUUAUUUCUUUGAUAUUGGAAGGGAAAAAAGUAUUCAGGAAAACCCAGUUUCUCAAAAAUGAAUAAGGGCAAGAUUUUCAAGUUGGCAAAGGGAUUUAGAGGAAGGGCAAAAAAUUGCAUAAGGAUAGCAAGGGAGAGGGUUGAGAAAGCCUUGCAAUAUUCCUACAGGGACAGACGUAACAAGAAGAGGGAUAUGAGAUCCCUUUGGAUUGAGCGCAUUAAUGCUGGUACACGAUUGCAUGGGGUGAACUAUGGCAACUUUAUGCAUGGAUUGGUAAAGGAGAACAUCCAACUCAACAGGAAGGUUCUCUCGGAGCUGUCGAUGCAUGAACCUUACAGCUUCAAGGUGCUUGUUGAUGCAUCUCGCACGGCAUUUCCAGGGAACAAGCCUGUCAAAAAGGAGGGUCUAGCAGCUAUCCUAUGAAACAAUUUGUCCAAUAAGUCACUGAUUGUCUUUCCUUCCUUGCAGUUGAAAGUUACUACUCCUAUUUUCUGUUAGUUUGCAUGCCCAGUGACUCAUGUAAUUUUGCCUUACAAGUAUUUAGGCUAUUCCCUUUGUUACUAGCUUUGAUAAACAAAGCUGAAACAUCCAUUUACAUUAUUGGUCUUUUGGCCCCUGUCA